UAGACAAUAGACAAUAUACCAAAAUUAUGGUCCAUCAACCCAACCCAAAACCAAAGCUUUAAAAACCUAAACCCUAACCUGCUUCUAGUUUUCCUCUCCUCACGGACGGCGCACGUCUUCUCACCUCCAACAUCUUCGACUUUCGUUGGAGCAACAGUAGAUAAGUGAAAAUGAGUCGAGGAAGUGCAGGAGCACCCAAGGGGAAGAAGAAGGGUGUCAGUUUUACCAUUGAUUGUUCAAAGCCAGCAGAAGAUAAAAUCAUGGAUGUUGCAUCACUUGAGAAGUUUCUUCAGGAGAGGAUCAAGGUUGGUGGAAAGGCCGGUGCUCUUGGUGAAGUUAUAACUAUUACACGUGAAAAGGGCAAGAUUAUUGUCACUUCUGAGAGCCAGUUCUCGAAGAGGUAUCUUAAGUACUUGGCUAAGAAAUAUUUGAAGAAGCACAAUGUGCGAGACUGGCUCCGAGUUGUUGCAUCGAACAAGGACCGCGGUGUUUAUGAGUUGAGGUACUUCAACAUUGAUGAGAAUGAAGGGGAAGAAGAGGAUUGAAAGUUAUAACUGUUUUACUCAACAACUUUGUUUUACCUUAUUUUGAAAUAUGGGUUGUUUAGUUUUUAGUUAUGUGAUUCAAACUUUAUAUUUAUGGAACUAUUGUGGUUUUACAAUUUUGUUUAUUGAAUUGAAGAUCUUGCACUGAUGCUGUUGUUGCAAUGCGGGAUAUAGAAGAGUUGCUCUACUAAAUGAAGUAACUUGGAUCUCUCCA